CAGCCAGAAGACAAUGAACCUAAACGAACGCAUCAUCAGCACGCAACUGUUCGCACAAACGAUCGAUGAGACGGCCACCACGACCACCUCGGUGGGUAGUAGCGUCGGUUUGAGCGUUGGUUUUGUACCAUUCGUAGCGGCAGCUACGGCCGGUUUGGCCGGUCCGAGCGAGACAGCCGUAAUGUUACCAACCGACAACGCCUCCGGUCCAUCAACGUCUUCCAGUCUCGCGAAACAAAGCGCGGAAACGAUCCACCUAUCAUCACCACACCAUUUACAUCCGCUUCAUGCGGGAAGCAGUGGAAGUAGUAGCAGUGUAGUCACAUCGGGGACACUCGUACAGCAGCCACAACAUUCAACACCACCAUCAACCAGCAAAGCAACUGGAAAAAGUCGAAGCUUGAGUACGGGUUCGUACAUCACUAGUGCACACUCGAGCGCAGAACGGCUUACCAAAUCUAACAGCCACACGGAGGUGCAUAUAAAUAGCAGCGCAGCUGGAGCUUCAACUUCGAAAGAUAACGGAGGAUGCAUAAUGCCACAGAAUAAAUCCUUAGAGGAAGGUCGUUCGAUGAUACCUUCGGCGAAAAGCUCACCACCUGUCCGAAAGCCUAUUCUGCGCAAAUCGAAGAAGAUCGUUCGUACCGAUUCGGAGUUCCUGAAGGGUAAUAUCUACGAGAAGGAGUCAAGCGUGUCUAGCUCACAGUACACACCGACUAGAGAUCGACGGCGGGAACAGUUUGCCGAUUAUCGCAGCAGUAAUCCAUCGUCCGAAACGCACAAAUCCACUGACGAGAGCUCGAAAAACAUAUCGACGGAUGAGAUCGACACCGUGUUCUCGGACACGAUGGAUCUGGAGCAGAUGGAGCAGGACUAUCGGAUGCAUUUGAAGAAUAAUUUGCAGCGUGAGUAUAAGAGCGACAGUGACACGCUGGACGAGGUGGGUAAGAAGCGCACGCCGGACUACAACGCAUGGAAGAACCAAAGCUACGAAAAUACGUUCGACGUGUACGGGAAGGAAAUAGUAAGUGAACAAACGGCAAACGGUAGAAACCAUGCUGGAAACGAUCGUGCUACAGUGCAAGCAUCUCCUAAAGGCGAUGAACAUCCCGAACGCCCAUCUACCUCGGCCGCGCCUAAACCGGAUCGACCAACAGAACUCGAACUUGGAUCCACCUCUGAUGGUGGUGGUAAAUCAUCCACAUCCUCCACGAACGAUGGUCCAUUUGGGCAUCUGUUCGAGAAGAAUUUGGGACGCUUUAAGCGCAUGAACAAGUUGCUCAAAUGCAAGCGCUUUAGCACGUCGGCUUUGUACGAAAAGAAAUCAUCGGCGAGUGGAAGUGCGACCGCAUCCGAUGGCAAACCAUCGUUCACUUCACCCACCAAAAGUAUCCCAAAUGCGGCACGAUCACCGGUCAAAUCUAUCCACUCCCAGUCGAAAGCAUCGAUCAGUUCAUCGAAAUCGUCCCUUUUCGGAAGUAAAAAAUCGGGCACUGGGUUUACGUUUAAGGGCAAGCGGUUCCUGUUCACUGGCAAGACAUCACCCAACAAGUCUAAGUCGAACAACGAGAUCAGCUACUAUCGUACCAAAUCGACCAAAAGCUCUAAGAAAGGUUCGGUGAAGAACAACAGUACGGCGUGCUUGAAUCUCGAAACCACCUGUACAUCUCCACUGUCUGAAGCUUUUUACAAUACGACAGGAAGUGUGCGGUUGAGCGCGAUGGAGUUGUACGAGAAGUUUUGCUCGCAGGACUUUAGUGGACUCUACAAACACGAAACUGUACGUGCGGACACGGACAGCCAUGGUAGUGGGACGGACUCGAGCCAUUACGAGUCGCAUCGACAUUUGGGAGCGAUAAGAAAAUACCGGAGGCGUAACUUUAAGCUAUUGCGCCAAAAAAGUGAACCCAAGUUCUCGUUUCGCACCGAUACACUGUACGAGGACAGCUACGAUGGUGUGUGCUAUCAUGAUGAGAAAGACGAAGAGGAAGAGUACGGCACCGAGGAUUACAAUCAGUUCCUGUACGACGAGCAGUACUAUGAGGAGGACAUUGAGCAUUACAGUAUCGAAAACAUUUAUUACCAAAGAAAUGGACUGAUAGCGCUACCCGACGGAAGUUAUGUACAGCGGUAUCCUUAUCGUAUGGAAGAUGAAGAAGGUGAUCAGGACGAAGAAGAUGAGGAGGAGGAGGAAGAAGAAGAGGAGGAAGGUGAUGAAGAAGAGGAAUUGGGCGAAGAGGAAGAGGAUUAUCAGGGUGAGGAGGAGGAAGAAGAGGAAGAGGAGGUGGAUGAGAAUGAGUUCGACGAGGAGGAUGAAGAUGAGUUGGCCAUGGAGGAGGAAGAGGAAGAGCGAAGACGUCUUCAACGGCUACAACUACCCCCACCGAUCGAGCUCGUCGCAUCGAUGGAUUCCGACUGUGACGAGAUCUAUCUGAUGCCACAGAACGAGUCCGAUAGCAAGAAGUUGAUCAUACAGGAUUUUCUGUUUCAUCGCAGCAACGACUUCGAUGCGAAUGUGAGCGGAGACGAUUACGACAUUGCCGAGGUGGACGAGGAAGCGGAAGAAGUGAGAGAUUUGGUCCAAGCAGAAACGGAGGCAAAACAAUCGCGAAUGGAUUCGUGUGCCGCAGAGCAGUCGGAUGAUGAUUUUGAGCAAGACUUUCGGAUGGAGCGAUAUGCCGCGACCGACAAAGAAACGCUUACGAUCUACAAGAUCUGCUCGAAGGAAAGCAUACUGGAGUCGAUGCGGGGCGAAACCCCGGAACGUGCUUCGGAUAAUCUACCGCACAGUGCCUCGAUGGAGCAGUACUUUCUUAAGUCGGAUUGCGUGACGACGCUCGAAAGGACGGCCUCGCUCGAUCUGCUGAGCAAUUCCAGUGGUACGCUUAACAAAUCUACCCUGACGGACUAUGCAUUCGAUACGGUGCGCAAUAUGAAUCUGGACAGCUGCAGUACCUCCCGAUUGAGCCUGUCGCUAAAGAGCGAAAUCUUCGAGGACACCACUAAUGGUGGUGGUUCCGGUGGAGGUCCUUCGCUCGCAGCGGAAUCGAUCACAGCUGGUACGCUACAGGAUACGGCCGCAUGUAGCGUAGAAUCUGUAGAAGCAGGUUCGGAAGUUCCUCGUAUUAAAAGUUGGAACAUCGAAGAUUUUACCCUCACACCUGAGGAAUCUUUCUCCGACGAGCAAUUGCCACUGGAUGGGCCGUGCGAUAGUGAUGCGGCAAAGAUUGCAGAACUGCUACAGGAGCGAUGUGCAGAUAGUACCGUACAGGAACCGCACGAACUCGAUCACCACAAUGGUACGGCCGAGUACACGAUCGUCGAUCUAGACGAAGAGCCGUACAUGUUGGAUCCGACAAUUUCGGAAUUCACAUCGGAGAUCACGAAAGAGUUUGAUUUGCUAUUUUCCCGCGCAGAGACGGAAUCCUUGCAAGCGGCAGCCUCAACUAGCACGGUGGAGUCCAUACCCCAGCAGGGACCUCCUGCGCCCGAGGGUCCUUCGCAACUCGGUGAUGUUCUGAAGUUGCUCAGUGAUCUUCCGACAAGGUACUCCAUGCAGAUGCUCGAACACAUCAAUCUCGACUCGGACGGCAUACGUAUUCCGGUGCGCGAGGAAGAGAACGGUACAGAACCACAACCACCACCAUCACCCACGAUCACGUCCGUUCCGAAACCAUCAGCAUCACCGAAUCCUUCCGUCCCCAACACUCAACCGCCAGAAAGUGCCAAACCGCGAACACUCGAGCCGAGCGGAAGCGGACGAUCGUUCACGAAAAUGAAGCUAAGGUCAACGCAUUCGACCGGAGCGACGAAAACGGCUGCCACCACACCGACGGCACCGGAUAUCACAAUCGUUACUACCGGCGUGUCAGUACAGGAUGUCGCACCGGUCCCAAAGGCUGGCAGUAGCGAUCGGCUGAAGAAGGCGCGCAGCCAAUCGUUAGGUAACUUACGGAAUAAAACCAAAUGUUUUCCAUUAUAGAAUUUAAGUAACACUGUAACAAUAAUCCUAACACUAUGGGUGCUGCCAGUAGUAGUGUAAGGCAGCACAGCGAGGUUACGCCAAGGUUCACACUGCACGCACGGAAGCAAGUGGGUAGUGGUCGCGGGUACUUUCAUCCCGCUCCACACCCGUUUCCGUUGCGUUUGCAUGCGUUUUAUCCAGUUUGUAGGUUGUUGUGUGGAGAUGUUGGUUAGACGUACGGGGACACAACUGUCUAGCAGUUCCCUGUAAAUGAUAUUUUUUAUACGAUCCCUAUCCACUUCUCCUGUUCCCAACUCGACGUUCGUAGUGUACCAGCCCUUUUCCCUUCUGCGGUGGCUAUGUAGUGUCACCGUCCACGGUAACACGGUCGUAUUUAUACACCAGAUCUAAUAAGAUUAUUCUAGAGUAACAAAUUGUCUAGCCAAAGAACAAAAACUACGGUACGCCGGAUUAAUGCCGAUUUAAUAAGGAAGAACAAUGGGUAGAGAGGUCGAUCCUCAGUGUUUAGCAUUACGUCUUACUUUCCCAUUCACAAUUGGUCUACUGUAGUUGGUGUACUUGUGCUCCUCCGCUAUGUUUGAGUUGGCCAUUGUUUUUUUUUUCUUCUAUGGGCCAGCAUUUUGGAAUUGUUUAUGGAAAAGCAGGAUUGAGCAAGAUAUUCUCUUAUUUGUUUUGUUUUUUUUUAUAAAUUUGGAUCGACAAGAAAAAAAAAGGAAGUGGGAGAGGAUAAAUGAAUGAAAGUAUAGUAAGUUGAAAUAGUAAAUAAACGUACGGGAUUAGAGAAUGGGAAUCGCUAGCUCCGGGCUAAGUUGAUGCAAAGUUUUCUAUUCCGAUGGGACCACGAUAAAGGAGGAUAUUUUGUUUUGCUACACGCGAGAGAGUGAAUAUCGUUCAUAUUUCCACUGUAACGAUGUAAAACCAAACCAAAAACAAAGAAAACAAACCACUAACCGGUUAUACUUAAUCAUACUACAUCUACUGUUAACGCUAUUCGUGUAAGAAUUCGAUAUCGUUUUGUAAACACACAUUUGCCUUUGUUAUUGAUAUAUACACUAGCGAAGAAGUUCGAUAUUCCUUUCGAUCUCUGGAGCAUCUCUUGCCGAAAAGGGAGUCAGCAAACAGUGGAUUGAAUACUAUCUUCCUAUGGUAUUUGCGUGCGUGUAUGUGUGUGUGUGCGACCUGGUUACAUGUUAUGUAAGUGAUCGUAAGCGUUAUGUAAGUGAUUUGUGUAUCGUUGUCAUAGAUAUAACCCUAAGCUAAUAGACUCAGUGUAUAGAGAUCGAAAAAAAGGAAGAAAAAAAAACAAAAAACCAAAACAACAUAAAAACAUCUCAACACAAGUCGUAAUUAAAUCAAACCAAAUGUAGAUUAUAUUAAAAGAAAAGAUAAAACGAAACAAAAACAUAAAAAAAAAACAAACAAACAAACAAACAAAACCUUGUAAAUCGCAAACCGAGCAAAAAGAUGAAACGUUCUAAAACUUCAAUAGGCUUACUUUCUAGAAACUACAAUCGGCAAACACGGUGUAGAAAUAGACACUUGGACGCCAUUGUAAGCUGAUGGGAAAUUGAUAAGCAAAAUAUUAAGUCAGAUAAAGUAAGUUUUGUACAGGCAAAAGAACAUAUUUAAACAAAACCACAUGUCCACUACUGUUGAUGUUUAUUCAUCCUUAACUUCUUUCCUUCUAACGGUGUCGUAGUGGGAAGGAUUGUUGGUUUUGUGUAUGGUUGUUAAAAUUAAAGUAUAAAAAAGUUAACACUGUUCUCCAUGGGAGAAGUACAUUUGGUUUCGCCAUAUUGAUUUUCUCUAAUUCUUGGGUCUUUUUCCUUACUCUUCAAAUCAUUGUUGUUUAGAAUAAUAUUUUGUACUUCUACAUCGCUGAAUAGAGCGACAAGCCUUUCCCGCUUUGUACGAUGAUAAAUUCACUGUAAAAAUCAAACAUCUAUCUGUAAGCUAGGGUGUAUUGAUAAAAACUGAACCGUGAUACAGUUUAAAUGUCGGCUGGAAUGCAUGUGAAACCUCACGAGAUACAAGAUGGAAUAUGCACUAGCAGCCGGAUAGAUGUUGUUGUUAGGAUAGUAAUUUUUAUGACGCCCAGUAAUCGUAAAAAAAGCCCCAUUUUGCAUCAAGAUGCUAGUGAGUGUGCGUGUGGAAGUUUGAUGUAUUUGUACAUGUGUUACAACUGUUUGUUAGUGAGCAAAUAGUUUAUGUUCCCGCGGUGCGUGAUGGAACGAUCAAUCCAACCCUUAUAUCGUAAGGGGAUCUAUUCCUGUGUACUGUACAGAAUGUCUAGCCGGGAGAGGCUCAUUUGUUUAUAGACAUGUUUUAGGGAAAAAGGGAAAAUCCGCAUACUAGCACGCACACUUACGCAUAGAAAUCUGUACUACUAUAGGCAAAAACCGUUGGGUAAAAGGGAAAAUGAAAGUUAACUGAACCAAAACAAAAGUAAGACAGCGGACACACAAAGUACUAGUACAUAUAAAGUAGUAGUACUGAAACAUUUGCCAAUCGAACCCGCCAAGCGAGCAUCGUUGGUUUUGAUAGUCUUUGCAUUGUAUUUGCUGUUGGCUGUUUUGUUAUUUUAUUUACUAUAGCUAGGCGUCAGCGUCAACGGAUGCAGUCGUUUUGGAAAGCUUUUCCUCUUAAAAGAAAAUCGUUGUUUGUUUGUUUGCCUCACGUGGAAACCUUUGAUAGCUUUUUAAAACAGUUAAACUCACUCAUCACGUGGAACCGUUUUUGCGCCAGUAUUCCAAGUACUAUACACUCUUUCGAAACGAUCUUACAAAUCACGUGCAGGAGAAGGAUAUGAAAAUGGCCCGUCUGCAAAUGGCUGCGUGUUUUUUUUUUCUUUUUUAGGGAAACAACUCUUUGCACUUAAAACAAUCGAAUGGCCUUAAAUGGAUGGGAGCGUAACGUGGGAGAGCGAUUUAUUCACGGUGAUCAGGGAUUAGGAAGUUGGUAACGUGUCUGCCAAGCGGACAUCUCGAUCGUGUAGGAUUUGUGUUUGUUUUCGUGGAGCGUUCGGUUAGGAUAGAUUUUAAGGGCAUGUGAAGUCGUCUCGUCUAACGCCACCCAAGGAGGAGCGAGGAAUUGAUUCUGAGUUAGGCAGGCUCCAAGCUCUACUACCCUUUGUGUCGCUAUACUUGCUAAGCUCAGCGUGCGCAUUAUGUGUUCAACAGCUACAAAGCCGACUGUCGUUCAUGUCGUUUAGUAGCACUAUUUGCGUAUACGUGCGGUUUGUUUUCGUUGUUAACUGGGAAAGAUUUUAACAUGAACAUUCACGAUCGAUGAUCGCGAAUGAAGAUAAACAAACGCGUUAUGAUAAAGUAAAGCUAAGUAAACUAAUAACUAAGGAAAGUUAUAAAUAAAAUGAACGUUUAAACUAAACAACUAUGCAGGAAUCUAAGCGUGUAACGUAUGGCUGACUCCUCUCACACCCGGAUAGAGGCCGUGGGUGGAAUGGAAUUUAAAAGAAACCUAGUAUAAAAGUACCAUAACCAAAAAAAAAAAAUUAAAGAAAAACCAAACACUAGAUAAUUGUUAAGUGUAAACGUGAUAACACUCAAACACACGACAGACGCGAAGCAUUAUUUGUUGUAUUUAGUAGACACAUAUUACCAUGACCAUGGCACAUUCGCUGUUGUGCUCAUGCAUCGAUGCACCGUUUAACGGGGUGGGGUGCAACAAAUAGGACUUCUGCCAUCAAUAAUUCAAAUUAACGGAAUGAAAUUAGUAUAGCCAAAUCUAUAAAAAAAAACCCCGCACGAUCAGUUGAGGUUGAAUACAGUUUUUUUGUUGGGUACUCAUUUUGUUUACAUUUGUACAGGCAAUCGAAGCCAAAGAGUCACUACAAACUCAUCCUAAAGCGUAUCGGGAAAGGGUUUAAUAAAAUGGGUAACUAUAGCGAAUAUAGUAUGUGUAGAUGUCGUUGUUGAACGUAGCUAAGUUAAACGUGACAAAAAAAAGAGAAGAUAAUAUUGUCCUAACAACUGUUGAAGUGUAAUGAAAGCCAAACCGCAACCAAACAAUACAAUCCAUAACUCAUUCGGGCGCCUGAUCUUUAGCGAUCGUGAUCGUGGCUAAACCAGGAAGUAGCAGUUCGUUCGAAUAAAUUGAGGGAAUAUUGAGAGGAAUACUUCCUCCAGCGGCUAGUUGCAGCAUAUAACAUGGAACGGAUUGUGCAUGCAAACACAGGGAACUUUAGCUCGGUCUGGAGCAUGAAUCCAGAAUCGUAAUGGAGCUUGAAAGAAGAAAAUCAAUUCACUAGCACAAUUUACUAGACAGGGCGAAUAUAUUUGUUAAUAGUAAGAAUGUACAAUAUCACCUUUUUCGUUAGUAAAAUAAUUUACAUGUUGUUAUGUUACUUUUUCACUUUUACAAACAUUACUCAAGAUGAUUACAGAGUAUAGUGCGCAUAUAUGAAAGCAAUAGAGAAUGUACACUAUCUUCUACACAUUAUAUACACCGACACAUCCACAAUCACGAACACCACACAUUCUUAAAACGUCGAAAGAAGUUAAUGGGCGAGAAAAAUCUUCGUAAAAUAUCAGCGGUAUAAGUUUGAUACUGAAAAUUGUAUGUUGUACGUCUAUUUCGUUGCGUUACAUCUUUGUAUAACCCAGAGUAUGAAAUUAUUUUUAUAUUUGUGGAAACCAAAUACAUCCAGCAUCAGAAUAAAACAUCGUUGGAAUAUAAAA